GUAUAAUUUUAAUUAGAUAAUUAAUAAAAUUAAAAUCAACUUUUAAUUAAAUCAAAGUUGACAAUAUUUUGCAGGUAAGAUGGAGUUUGAACGGGGAGACAGGAGAUGCCACGGCAAUGGCAAAUCGGUGACCGGCUUCAAGGACUUCGCUAACAGACUGCCAGCUUUUAACAAAGGUUUACUGAAACAAUGUGUGUCCUACCAUUUCAUCAAUUUUCUUGAGGAGUGGAGAGCGAAGGAGCUGUUCUACUUCAUGAGGAAGACAGUGAAAGCAGGUAGGCUCUGGGAUAUAUUCAUUCCGAAUAAGAGGGAUAGAAGAGGAAACAGAUAUGGUUUCGCCAGAUUUUUGGAUGUCAGACAUGGUCAAGAGAUGAGGAAGCAACUGGAAAGCAUAUGGAUUGGAAACAAAAAGGUGAUCUUCAACCCAGCUGUGGAAAAAGGAGAAGAGAAACGCAGAUGGCAAGCAAAAUCAGCAGAGGAAGUAAGAUGGAAGAGUAGCAAAAAGAGGACCAGUUACGAAGAAAGCACUAAGGUUGAUGAAGAAAACAGGAUAGGUCCAAAGAAGACAUAUGCACAAAGCCUUUUACAGCAAAAAGAGAAGGCAAACACCAGCAAUAUAGACCUGAAGGGUCCCACACCAUCAGAGGCAAGAAAUAACAUGAGGAACUCAAGUAAAGCAAUGACUAAGGCUACGGUUCCUGGAGGAUUCAAAUACAAAAAGGUGAUCGAGAUAAAAGGGACAGAGGAGAUUGAAGAAAAUUUAAUGAAGUGUGCUGUAGGAGUGGCUCUAUCUCCUUCCAUCAUCUCAAAUCUUCCAGAGAUAUUCUUCAAUGAAGGAUUUCCUUCGAUCAAAAUAACCCUCAUGGGUGGUAAUCUUGUGCUGAUAAAAGAGGAGAACCCGAAGUGUAUAAAGGAGCUAGUUGAUGGGAACUUACAAUGGGUGUCAUCCUACUUUGAAAGGAUAAAGUUCUGGUCUCCAACAGAUAUUGCAGAAGAGAGAUUUGUAAUCUUAGUCUCUACUAAAUCUAAAACAGGGAUUAAUGAAGAAUUCUUGCUCAAAGUGAAGAAUAAUAGUUACAACAUUACUCUAGUGGAGGAAAAUUGGAGAUCGGAUCCUUGGUGGUUGAAUAAGAUUGAUAAUUCCAGUGUAGAUUCAGAAGUUAGCUCAACGGCUUUCAAUUUUGGUGAUGAUUCUGGCGAGCUUGACGGUAACUAUUCAAACGGUCAAGAGGAAGAGGAAAUUCAAACAACUUUCAGAAAUGUCAAUGGCAUUAAUUAUCUUGACAAAUUGUGUGUCUCAAAGACAUUUCUUGAGGAAAGCAAAGAAAAUGAGGACUUUCUGUCUAAUCACAUUCAAGGAAAACAGAGAGAGGAGCGUGCAAAUGGGAGCCAUACCAGCUUCAACAGAAUUCCACCAUCAGACGAAGGGGUUGUCCAAGAAACAGCCCAAUCCAAAAGCCCACUUGCUAGCAAACACAAGACCCAUUCGGCCAAAGGAGAAAGCGAACCGGACCACCAGGAGAGGCGUGGGCUUAAAACUUUUAAAAGCCCCAUCAAAAGUCCCAAGAUACCAGAAGAAAAGAAAGCAGAAACACCGAUGCUAGUGACAGGAACGAGGUGUGGAAGAAGAAGAAGAGUAAUGCUACAGCUGGUCAGCCUUGGCGGUACAUCACCGAAAGGAUCAACAACUGACAGCGAUAUUGUGUGUAAUAACAAAAGGAUCAAAGAAGGCAUAGUAUUACAAGAAGCGAGGAAGACUCUGGAGUUCAGGGACAAUUUAGGGAUCGAGAUCUGCAACAGAGAAGAGCAGAUUGUGGAAAGAUUUAGCCAGAUGGAAGAAAAGGACAGACGGGGGCAUGCCCGGCAACAAUAACAGUAGGCCCUUUUCUCAAUUUCCAGAAAUUUUCAGCAAUGAAGUUGAUCUCUUAUA